AUGGCACCCUCAGGCUUAGCAAUCAUUAUUGGAGCCGGCCCUACCAGUGGCCGGGGCAUCGCCCGCGUGCUGGCCCGCGCUGAUGGUGGUAACCUCGCAGUGGCUCUCCUCGCCCGUAACGCCGAUAACCUCGAGAGUCUCCGUGAUUCUCUCCGCCAAGAAACAAACGGUGUUCUUCAUUCUUUCCCUACAGACACCCAGCCCGAUAACCUCCGCAAGACCUUCCAGGAUAUCGCCAAACACCCUGAUUUCAAGGACCUCAAGCUCAAGCUGUCAAUCUACCACGUCAAGCAAGCCAGCAAAAAGCCAUUCCUCGAGGAAACGCCCGAGGCCUUCAACGAAAGCAUGCAGGCCUACACUACAGGCGCUGUUGUCUUUGCUCAAGAGGCGCUGAAGCUCAUCUACGAGCAGAAUGGCGGCCAGACCCUUUUGGCUGAUACGAACGGGGCAAAGAAGGGCACCAUCAUCUUCACGGGUACUCUGGGUGCUAUGAGAACAAACGAGGGCUAUGCUUCCUACGGAGCCAGCCGUGCAUCGGCUAGAAUGGUGGCCCAGGCGAUUGCAAAGGAACACAGCAAGUACGGCGUUCAGUGCGUGCAUGCUAUCGCAAAUGGAAGAAUCACCGAUGAGGACACGGAAGAGACAAGAACUGGAAAGCAUAUGAGGGCAGAGGAUGUGGGACAGACAUAUUUAUGGUUGUCGCAGCAGCCCAGUUCGCUUUGGAUUCAUGAGCUGGACUUGCGGCCGGCACAAGAGUCGUUCUAG